ACCGAGAUUCUCGUUCUCAAAACGAAGUGUGGUCAGACCCAUCGCGUUCCAUUCAUUGGAACCACGGGCGACACCCCUCCCGCCCUACCUCCCCAGGACCCUCGUCCCUCAGGGUCCCACCCUGACAUCGCGUUCACUUCCCCUCGUUAGUUUGCUCACUUUAUACGACAGGAGGACGUCACGUUCUACUCAGUGAACGUCAUGGAUCUUCUUCGCUAUGAUCCACUCUGUCCCGAGUUUGAGCUCAUAUCUCUGGAGCCCGAUCCCCCUGACCCUUCCUCCAUCUUCGCGGCUCCCAUAUCUACAUCCACCCGUCAGCCUGCGGAUACCCCCUCCAUGUCCCAGGCCCUUGAGCCAUCGAUUGUCGAGUCCACACAUACGUCUCGUGCUGACGGAGAUGCUGAGGAACUCACACGGUUCACGACAGACUUAGAGCCCGCCGUUCGCGACCUAAUUCGAGAGUACGGCGAUGUCUUUCCUCCGUAUUUCUCAUACAGCGGGAUUCCCCCGAUGCGCGGUGUUGAGCAUUCUAUCCAACUCGUGCAUGACUAUCGUGUUCACCAUCAGAGACCGUACCGACUCUCGAUUCCAGAGGCGACGGAACUCAAGCGUCAGCUUGAGGAGCUCCUUCGACUGGGUUUCAUUAAACCCAGUAACUCCCCUUGGGGUGCACCUGUCCUCUUUGCUCGCAAAGUGGACGAAACUCUCCGCCUCUGCAUCGACUACCGUGGCCUUAACCGUUACACGGUUAAGAACAGUUAUCCCAUACCCCGCGCAGAUGAGCUGUUUGACCGUCUGGUAGACAACCGCUUCUUCACGAAGAUCGAUCUUCUUAGCGGUUACACCCAGAUCCACGUUGCCACAGAGGAUCAGCUGAAGACCGCCUUCCGAUCGCGCUUCGGCCACUACGAGUUCACGGUGAUGCCAUUCGGCCUCACCAAUGCACCCGCCACCUUCCAGACGGCGAUGAACGACAUCUUCAGGAACAUCCUUGAAGAAUACGUUCUCGUAUACCUGGACGACAUCCUGGUCUACAGUCGUACCUUAGAAGACCAUCUCAGACACCUCCGCGAUGUCCUACAACGCUUACGCAAGCAUGGUUUCUAUGCCAAGCUCACUAGAUCAGUCGGUUCUGAUACUGCCGCUAGUGCGGUCAGCUUCCGUGUGAAGCUACCUGAUUACCUUCGACAGGCUCGCGUACACGAUGUUUACCACGUCUCCUUGUUACGUCCUUAUCGCAGACCGUCCGAGCGCUUCGCCGGACGCCCUUAUGAGCGCCCUCCACCUAUCAUGGUGGACGGUCACGAGGAGUUCAUUGUUUCCAACAUCGUAUCACGCCGAGUUACCGACGAUACCCCUCCACGCAUCGAGUACCUUGUGCGUUGGAAGGGCUACCCUAAUGAGGAGGCUACUUGGGAGCCCCUCGAGCACUUGCAGCACGCCAGGAUGUUGGUGCGUGCAUAUGAUCGUGCUCGUCGUGCUAAGACAUCUGCUUCUACUCAGCCGACUGACCCUCUUCCUCCCCCUCCGGCUGAGGAGAUUGCUGAGGACGAGCCCGCUCCCUCUGAGGCCGUUCCUCAGCCGCAGACGGUCACCUCCGAGCGUCCACAGUGCACUCAUCGUCGCCCUUCGCGUUACGAUGAUUGACACUCUUAUCCUCUAUCUUUCCCCACUGACUCACACCAUCAGGUACUCCAUCAUCAUCUCUUCUUCAGGAUCUCAGCGUUUUGC